AGUUACGAUUGUGUGUCUCUCUGUCUUCUUCACUCAUCAUCUUGGGUUUGCAUGUUCGCACCAUGUCUGCGUGGGUUUCCUCCGGGUGCUCCGGUUUCCCCCAUCAUCAAAAAACAUGUUAGGUUCUCCAGUCAGUGCUAUUGACCAUACACUGAUAAACAUCUGGAGUUGGUCUACGGGCGCUGCACAGUGGCUGCCCACUGCUCCCUUGAGGGAUUGGUUAAAUGCACAGAAUGAAUUUCAGAACAUGUAUGUGUAUGUGACAAUAAAGUAAAGUAUCAGUAUCGGCUUCACUGCUGGUACAGAAAUUCAAGCAUGAAAAUCAAGGAUCAAAUUCAUGCUUAUAUAUUCAAAAUGCGACAAAUGAACAUAAUCUAUACGGAGAAAAGAAGAUGCAGUUUUCAUUUGACUACCUUCACCUGCAAUCAUAUCAGUGAAGUUCUUCACUUGUAUUGACGUUUUCUUUUUCUUUUCCUUUUUUUUCGUUUCUCUGUAACCCAUGACCAAACUGGACUCUGAACCAAAGUUUCAGAAUACUAUAUCAAAACCAGUGUUUCCCAUACCUUCAUUUAUUUGUGGCAGCCCGCCACAAUAUCAACGCCGACCGCCACAUAUUGAUUUUCGAUUUUUUUUUUUACUAUUUAAAAUCGUAUUUGAUGGCAUUCGCAGCACAUCCCCUCGCUAGUCCCUCUCACUGUCUCGCUCACCCGUCCCUCUCUCUCUCUCGCCCUCUCUCCGUCGUGAACGCAGCUGAAAUCAGUCCAACACAACGCUGUCAAUUUAGGAGAUCCGGCUUAAAAAAAAGUGCGCCACUGUUACACUGUCAUUCUGUGGGAAACACGGAAAACCUUAAAGGAAUUAUCACAAAAGUUGCACGUUUGCAUAUCCAUGCAAAGUGUCCUAGAUGCAGAAUUGGUUGUCUACUAUAACACAAUACCAGGAUAAAAUGACUUAACGUGUUUUUAAUACAGUGACUCGGCCUACCUGGGUGAGUUUCAGGUACACCAAGUGGAAUAAAGGUCCGCUACAUUUUGAGUCUGCAGGAAGAGGUGUGCAUUGAUGGAGCUCACUAAUUGAAUCAGAAUUUGUAAUAACAACAGAAAGCUUCACAGCGUGGCAUGAUGUGGCCACAGUUUUUAUGAAAUCUAUGACUUGUUAAGUUGCUCCUAUGUCGUGUAGAGAUAUCAGUCCUGUCUGCUGUCUUUUCUGCCUUCUCUGCAUUUCCCAGUUUUCUCCCAGUGCCUCUCUGGAGUCUCCAGUAGCCUCAUUCCUGGAGCAUCAUCAAAUAGCUCUUUGCCUGCAUCCCCUUCAGUUAGCCCUCUGGCUUUAUCCACUCUGGAUAGCCCCCCUUGCCUGCAUCUUUUUUAGCUAGCCAUUCAUUGCUUUCCCUGUUGUCAAGCUUUAUGCCAAGACCCCAUAAAGUCACUUUUGUAAACUUGUUAUAAAGUCAGAGCCACACAGAAAGCUCCUGCCAUCUCACCAGACUCCCAGCACCCUUAACACUGAGUUCAGUUUGCUUCCAUCAGGAUGGAGGUUUUAUCUCCCUACAGGUGGCACCAGCAGAUACAGUAUAUAUCAUAUGGUCAGCUGCUUUUUAAACAAAAUAUAAUGCGACCUGCAACAGAUUUGACAGGGUGACCCUUUAGUUUCAGGCAUUUAUUUUCUGGCUACCUUCUCUAAAUGGACAGUAUUGGAUUUGCCAUUGUAUCUGCUCUGUACUUGUGAACUUUUUCUAUUCAUUGUUGCUUUUAAUUAUUGCUAUACUUUUCUAUAUUCUAUUAUUCAUUGACUUUUAUUUCCCCUUUGGGAUAUCAACUCUUUACUCUUGCCAGGAUCAUUUAGAGAGCCUACCAGCAGGUUUCAUUUGUGGGUUCCCGCAUUUGUCAUCUGACUGGGUUCAGGUUAACUUAAAGCCGUGGAUCUGAGGGUGUUACAGGUGAUUCCCAGCAUCCUCAACAGGCUCAUUCUCCAGAGUCCCUGCUGCAGGCUGCCCCUGCAGUCAUUUGCUUCCUCAUUAUCCAGCUGCUCUGCUCUGCCUUGAGUUUUUCUCUCUAUUUCUUCUUUUUUUCAAGUAUUUUACUUUAAGAAAGUCGGUGUCAACUAAGAUGGUUUGGGCAAGAAAUUAAACUACAUUGAAAUGAAUUCCUCCAGAAUCAUUUCAUCUUCCUCUGACUCUGCUGGCUUACCAACCAUCAGUCCAUCAGUCUAUCUGGCCUCUUGUCUUCCCGCCUGUCUGCACACUAUGUUAGCCAGUCGAUAUUCUGGGAGCUAUUUGGAUACAUGUUCUCUUCUUCUUCUCAAUGCUAGACAGCACAUUUGUACUGAUGCUGAGGAUGAACAGUGAGCUGUGAAUAAUGAGCAAAGAGAUAUACAUUCAGUAACAUCACAUUACAACAGAAAAAUCAGUUCAUGUAUAUCCAUAUUAUCCUCCUGUGCAUAAGUCAUUUGUGAACUACAUAAUUAAUUUCCUCGCCAAAAUUGAGCUGCUGAUUUGGGCUCAGACAGAUUUCCUCUCAAAAACAUUUUUAAUGAAGGAGGUGAAUUGAAAUUCUAUUUUCAGGUUUAAUGAAACCCCCUUUUCCUCGAUUCCUUUAAUGAGGCCAUUAAUGCACAAAAAUAGUGAAACUCUGGUGGAAUCCAUUUAAACUCCAGUUAUCUACAGAGCUCGGAUUGACAAGUUGAUUAACUUCUUGUCAGCACUCUUCAAAAUUAAAAAUUUGAAACUCCCUUCAGAGUGUAAAGCUUUCUGGAUGUCCAUAUUUAGCUUUGGAAAAUGCCUACUUAAAGUAAAAUAGUGUAUUUUCAGCCAAGGUAAAAUCCUUGUGUGUUCCAGUAAACUGCACGGAGAUGAUCAACGCAUUACCAGCGAGAAUAUUGUCUUACUGUAGUAAAUGCAUGUUUUGUGUGUGCCUGACAGUUCAAUACUGUAAAUGCAUUAGUAACAAUAUAUGCAUGCUUUUUUUUCCACUUGGCAACAUCAAACACAAUUUAUUAGCUGCAGAAAAUGAACUCCUUGAAGAGUUUCCACUUUCCAGUAUUCCUCCAGAUAACAGAGAAGCAAAGUCCCUCCCCCAACAGUGUCCACCAUGGGAACUUAUUCGGGAAAAAAGAUGUACAGUCACCAGCUUAGGGUUGGGUAUCGUUUAAAAUUUUACGAUACCAGUACCAAACCCAGUACCCUUAAAGUGAUACCGAUACCAAUUGAGUACAUUCGAUACCUUGCAUAAAAUGUCAUCUGUUGACAUGUCACCUGAUUGCUAGCUUAUUAUUAUUUUUAUUGUUGUUAUGGACAAGCAGGGUUAUCUAUAUUAUUUUUUUCUUGUUUCAAAUAACUGCUACAUAAAAAGUAUUGUAUCACAUCGCUCCCCAUUCUAAUUAGGUCAUCCUCACUGACCUUUAAGGGGAAAACUACAGCUUGGGAGUUAUUUUAUAUUUGAAUGAGACAAGCAAGACCUGUUGCUUGCGUGACUACAUCCCCGUACGAAACCCACGAGCAUCAUAGCGUCAGCCACUUUCGGUAGCUUGUUGUUAAGGUAAGACAUCACUUAGCAACUUUUGAGUGUGUGGUCUUUCUUAUACUUCCAACAGUUUUACUACAAAGUGAAACUUUCUUGACUUGCAAAAUUAUCUUCUAAAUUGACAAACAUCUCAUAUGUGUACAUAUGUGGGCACUCCACUGGAUAUGUGGUUUCAGUCGUUUUGAUAUAGAUGGAGAUCUAUUCUGAUGUGCAGCUAAGACGGACGGAGAUAAUUGUGUGGAUGUAGCCUUAGGCCCUAUUUAAAAAACAAUUACCUCGAUAAAGAAGAAAAACAGAAUAUGCAAUUUAAGGUUUAAUGUAAUGGUCUCUGAGACUUACUUCCAUUUCAGCUGUGAUUUUUAUGUCUAUUGGUGAAUAUAUUUUUAUAUUUAUGUAUUUCCGUUUAUUGUUAUACUCCGAGUCCCUAAAGCAAAUUCCUUGUAUGUGUAAACCUACUUGGCAAUGAAGCUGAUUCUGAUUCUGACUUUAGAAAGAGGAAGCAGAGCAGAGCUGCUGUCUGUUGCUGUGAAAGGCAGCAGUAAGCGUGUUAAUUCCUGGCAGAGACGAGCUCCGGUGAACCGACCAGCAGCUCGACUGUCUGAAGCUUCCAGGAGGCUGCUGCCAGUCUGAUCAGCUUUGUUCCAAAACAACAAAAACCUGAGUUGCCCUGGAAGAGAAACCAGUAGGAUUAGUGAAGCUGCUGUCUGUAGUUGUUUAACAUCAUUGUUUCAAGGAUAAAACAGAAGAAAAGUUAUACUUACACAAUUUAAUGCCAUUUGGAUCUCAUUUCUUCUCUGACUUGGUUUCAUAAAUCCAGGAUUAUUAAACACCUUGAGGCUGUUUUUACUGUUAUUGAGCCAGUCGUAAAAAUAUAUAUAUAUAUAUAAAAACACACAGACAAGGUGAGGGAAGAUCAGACAAUAUAAUUCUCUGACACAAAGAUCUGGUCAGCUUCUCAUCAAUCUAGCAAACUGUGCCUGGGCAGAAUGGACUAAGGUUAUACAGAAGGAAAACAUCCACCAAAAACACUCUCAUUUUAGUCAUAAAAAUGUCCUGUGAAGGCAGAAAUCACCUCAGUGGUUAAUAUUCACUGCUCAUUAAGAAACACAUAUCACACACCAAAUCUUGAGGAUUACAAAAGGUUCAAAAUCUUUACUGCACAUUGUAUAAACCGUUGACAACAAAAUGACAUAACAAUGGAAACCAAAAUCACCAACCGCUUAAGAGCUGGAUUCAAAAUCACACCGUAAAUCAAAGUAAACAAAAAUGAAUCACAGGCUGAUCCAACGCGUGUGACUUUCAUCACGGCAACUUCUCGCUUCUUGAUGUUGCCGCUCCAGUGCACCUGUUGUCACCAUCAUUUGCACCAAAACACGUUACAAUGAUUCACAAUUGCUUUUGCUUCCUAACUGGACAGACUUCCCUGGUCAUUGGACAUGAGGUAGAACGUUUUAUGUGAUUCAGAGCAGGAACGUCUGCAUGUAUCUUUAAAUCAAUAUGGUUGAUUUUUACAGUAUCUGUUGUCCACAGCUGUUUUAGACUGUAUGAAAAGCUUCUCUCGUCAGUUCAAUAAAUCCCUGCAGGCCAGAUAUGUAGGCAAAUCUGCAGCCUUCCAUUUGCGAUGUGCCGUGCCAGAGCUCAGCGCCAUUAUGCCCAGCAGUCCACUGUCUUAACAUGUCGUCAAUGAAGAAGACAUGUAGCUGCAGACAGACAAGAAAAUGCCUAACAAAAUGUCAGUUCUCUCCUCUCAAAGAUCAGUUGGAGCAGCUCACCCGCAGUCCACCUGGCAGAGCCAGUGCCUCUCUGAGGAAACCUGCUGCUGUCUUCAUCAUCUGUCUGGCAGCCUGCAGGCAUUUCAAACAUCUGUCAGAGGUGUGUGACAGUGCACUUGUGUCCAAUCUGCCGCCAUCGUCCUUCAGAAGCUCCUCCCAGCUGUCCAGCAGUCACGCUCCGGGCUUCGCCAAACUCAACAGGAGAGAUGGAGCUGGAGGUUGGUCUCCUCUCACGUCAGACAGGUACCAGUGGUUGGAGGUCAGUCUUGGUGAGCGGACCAAGAUCACUGCUGUCGCUACUCAGGGCCGCUACGGCAGCUCUGAUUGGCUGACGUCGUACCUGCUGAUGUUCAGCGACACGGGACACAACUGGAAACAGUACCGGCAGGAGGACAGUACAGGGUCUUUUCCAGGUAACAGUAAUGCAGACAGUGUGGUUCAGUACAAGCUGCAGCAGCCGGCGAUCGCUCGCUUCCUCCGCCUCAUUCCUCUGGACUGGAACCCCAACGGGAGGAUCGGACUCCGACUGGAGACCUACGGAUGUCCUUACACCUCUGAUGUGGUGAGCUUGGACGGCGGCAGCAGCAGUCUGGUGUACAGGUUGAGUCCUGGGCCGAGGCGGACGUCCAGAGAUGUCAUCUCACUGAAGUUUAAAACCCUGAGGAAUUCUGGGACACUGCUGCACGCAGAGGGAGAGGGAGGACGCAGCCUCAGUCUGGAGUUAGAGAGAGGAAAGCUACAGCUGCUGCUCAGACAAGCAUCUUCUCCUCCAAGUAGGACUUCAUCCCCCGAACCCCGGCGUCUUGCUUCCCUCGGCAGCCUGUUAGAUGAUCAGCACUGGCACCAUUUAGCAGUGGAGCGGCGCAGCUCUCACCUCAACCUCACUGUGGACAAACACACAGAGAGGGUUCAAAUCCCUGCAGAGUUCAGCCACUGGGACGUUGAGCAGCUCAGUGUAGGGGCAGUCCUGGACCUCCGUUCUCAGAAACCAGUCGUCUCCAAGAGGAACUUUCAUGGCUGCCUGGAAAACCUGCUGUACAACGGCCUCAACCUCAUAGAAUUAGCUAAACACAAUGACCAUCAAGUUGCUGUAGUGGGCAAUGUGACCUUUUCUUGUGCUGAGCCAGUUUCCGUUGCCGUGACGUUCCCCGGCCCCCAGAGCUUCCUCCAGUUACCGGGAACGACGGCGUCCUCCUCGGCGGGCAUAUCCGUGGAGUUCCAGUUCAGGACGUGGAAUAAGGCGGGGCUUCUGCUCACCUUCAUGCUGCCUCAGGAAGGGGGCGUGGUCUGGCUGCACCUGAGUGAAGCCAGACUCCGACUACAGAUCCAUAAAGCUGGCAGGGCGCUGCUGGAGCUCAGCGCAGGCUCUGCUCUGAAUGAUGGUCAGUGGCAUUCAGUAGAGCUGAGCUCCAGACGAGGUCGCCUGACCAUCGCUGUAGAUAAAGAAGAAGGAGGCGUUGCUCAUGACAGCUCCUCCGUCACUGCAGGAAGUCAGCUAUUCUUUGGUGGUUGUCCUCCUGAAGACGACAGUCAGGAAUGUACAAAUCCCUUCAACAUCUUUCAGGGCUGCAUGCGUCUCCUCAGCGUGGAGAACCAGCCAGUGGACCUGAUCAUGGUGCAGCAAAGACUCCUGGGAAAUUACAGCCAGCUGCAGAUCGACAUGUGUGGCAUCAUUGACAGGUGCUCUCCCAGUCGUUGUGAACAUGGCGGCCACUGCAGUCAGUCCUGGACCGUCUUCCACUGUAACUGCUCUGACAGCGGCUACAGCGGAGCGACCUGCCACAGCUCUGUGUACGAACAGUCGUGCGAGGCGUACAAACACAACGGCAACACGUCGGGACAUUUUUAUAUUGACGUGGACGGCAGCGGACCAAUCAAACCGCAGCUGGUCUACUGCAACAUGACAGAGGAGAACACAUGGAUGGUGAUCCAGCACAACAACACAGAGCUCACAAGAGUCCACCUGUCCCCAGGGGGACACCAGCAUUUAGUCCACUUUGACUACUCUUCUGAAGAGGAGCAGCUAUUGGCCGCCAUCAGCCAAUCAGAGCACUGCGAACAGGAACUGUCCUACCAGUGUAAGAAGUCCCGCCUCCUCAACACUCCAGAUGGCUCUCCGUUGAGCUGGUGGCUCGGUGGUCCCGGUCCCGGGCGUGUCCAGACUUACUGGGGCGGCGCUCAGCCAGGCAGCCAGCAGUGUGCCUGCGGCCUGCAGGGCGACUGUGUGGACCCACAACACUACUGCAACUGUGACGCCGACCGCGUCGAGUGGGCUGAAGACUCCGGCCUGCUCAUCCACAAGGAGAGCCUCCCUGUCCGGUCUCUGGUGCUGGGUGACCUCCAGAGGCCGGGGUCAGAGGCUGCCUACAGGGUGGGACCCCUCCGUUGUCAUGGAGACAAGAACUUCUGGAACGCUGCGUUUUUCGACAAGGAGACGUCGUACCUUCACUUUCCCACCUUCCACGGAGAGCUGAGUGCAGAUAUCUCCUUCCUGUUUAAAACCACGGCCUCAUCUGGUGUGUUCCUGGAAAACCUGGGCAUCAAAGACUUCAUACGGAUCGAACUGAGCUCUUCCACUCAGGUGCUUUUCUCCUUUGACGUGGGUAACGGGCCGCUGGAGGUUCGUGUGGAGUCGAGCGCGCCGCUGAACGACAACCGGUGGCAUCGAGUCCGAGCCGAGCGGAACGUCAAGGAGGCGUCGCUCCGAUUGGAUGAACUUCCUGCCGCCACACAGGAGGCUCCUGCUGACGGACACUUCCACCUGCAGCUCAACAGCCAGCUGUUCAUAGGAGGCACAGCGUCCAGGCAGAAGGGCUUUCGGGGCUGUAUUCGCUCCCUGCAACUGAACGGCGUCACCCUAGACCUGGAGGAGAGGGCGAGGAUCACACCCGGGGUUCGACCCGGCUGUCCAGGUCACUGCAGCAGCUACGGUUCGUUCUGCCAGAACCAGGGCCGCUGUGUGGAGAGGGCCAACGGCUUCCACUGUGACUGCAGCCUGUCAGCAUACACUGGAGUCUUCUGCCAUACAGAGGUGUCAACCAGCUUCAAGUCGGGGACGUCUGUCAGCUACACCUUUAAGGAGCCGUACGAGUUGAGCAGGAACAGCAGCGCUCUGCCGUCCUCCAUCUACUCUGACAUGACGCUGAGAGGAGAGAACGUCUCCCUGAGCUUCAGGACGAACCAAAGUCCGGCCGUGCUGUUCUACGUCAGCUCCUACUACAGAGAGUACCUGGCCCUGCUCAUCAACAAGCACGAUAUGCUGGAGGUGAGAUACAAGCUGGACAGCGGCAGAGAUGUUGAAGUGUUGAGAAGUAGAGUGAAGAGCCUGGCUGACGGACAGCUACACUCUGUUACCAUCAGGAGGCUGACAAACUCUGUGUCUGUGCAGCUUGACCAAAACUCAAGAGAAGACUUCAACCUGACAUCUGACGGAGAAUUCAACGCCAUCAAGUCGUUGGAGUUGGGCAGAGUACACGAAUCUGAUGAUUUAGACGCAGAUCUGGCCAGGGUGGCAGCUCUCGGUUUUACCGGUUGCCUCUCAGUAGUCCACUUUAACUCCAUCAGCCCUCUGAAAGCUGCUCUGCUCCACCCAGACACCAGCCCAGUCAUCAUCACCGGAGCUUUAGUCCAGUCCAACUGUGGCUCCUCAGCUUCGGCCAAUCCCUACGCAGCAGAGAACACACACCACCUGUCAGACCAGUCCGGUUCAGUGGGUUCAGGUCAACCAUUAGUCAAUGCCAUCAGGACCGACUCGGCUCUGAUUGGAGGUGUCAUAGCAGUGGUGAUCUUUGUGAUUGUGGCUGGCCUGGCGAUAACUGCCAGAUUCCUCUACCGGAGAAAAGAGACAUAUCGAAACCAAGAGGUGAAGGGUGUCAAACGGGAGGACAGCCAAGACUUCCCUUUCAACAACCAGACUGAAUCCCAGAAUGUCUCCGGUGAAAACCCAAAGGAGUAUUUCAUUUAACUGGAGGCCUGAUGAACUGGUGGUUUUUGGAGCAGAGGUUGCGGAUGGAGGUGUCCUGCCAUGCCUCAGAACUUUACAAUGGCCUCAAAGCCACACAGACACUUUGCCUGAGGCUGUGGCUCUACAGAAUAUAGACAACGAAAAGGAACUAUGUAAACAGUUUUGUCUUUUACUGUAUAUAAUGUACAUACUGAUACAAACAUGCAACAGUGCUGGACCUAUAAGGUGUUGAUUUCCUUGUUUCAAAAACUGUAAAUAUUCAAAAAUGUAAAUGUGGAAGUGGCGUCUACAGCAAUAUCUAACUAAUGUCAUAAUGUCAUAUUGAAAUGUUGCAAAUAGUCUUAAGGGAAACAGAUUUUUGUUGAUUUAGAGUACUCAAACACAUCAGGGCUGAAGUCAUUUGGCUGAUGCACUUUUCUAUGAGGAUAAUGAAUGGAUGUUUGCCUAGCUGGAAAUGGAAACGUAUGACCUGUAAUUAGGCCCUCUAGGCCCCAGUACUUCUGUAAGAGUUUGUUUCGUGGUUUAUUCGUGUGUAAUGCCUUUUGUUGUGAGCCGUGUUUUGGGGGAGUACACCCUGAAAGCCCCGUUUAAGGGAAACCUAUGUCAGCUUGUACACUUGGAGAAUUUGCCAGCAUCGUCAGAGCCCUUGCAGCCUGCAUACGUCCACCAAAUACCAAGUCAUUGUUUGAUGAUUUUCUAACUCCAGUCAGCACAUUAAUUAAACAUUUUGAUGAGUGAUUUUCUUCCAGCAAUCGUGCUACCACAGAAUCUUGGUGUUAACAAGUGGCAUCUUCAGAGUCAACAUAGUUUUACACACUCCAAUCACGCACACCACCAUCAGCACAUAGAGCAUUUGUACUGUGUGAGAAAUCGUACACUGCAGUCUGGCAGCUCCUGGUCGAGAGACCUGGAGACUUUUUAUACUGUAGGGAUUCAUUUUUCACUUAAUUUUCACUUUUACUUCUUUCUUUCUUGUUCUUCCUCUUAUACUUCGUUCUUUCUUUUCUCUGGUAGGUAUUUCCAUUUUAACUCCAAAAGAAGGGAACAAAAAUACAUCCAUGAGCAUUGAGUGUUGGUAGUUUUGUAUAGUUUACCAGCUAUUCAUAAAAGACUAGCACAUGUUGUUCACUCUAUUAUAAAAGUUUUCUCCUCCCUGCUGCAUGCUGCCUGCUGGGCGCUUCCUCUGCCAGUUCUCUUAAUGUCUCUGAACAGCAAAGCUUUUAACACUGACAGCAGCAUAGGCUCCAUAACACCGUGGCUGUCUGUCACCUCGUUCACCGCACGCAGAGAUAGUUAAUGUUUUUUUGAAAUGCUAAUCUGCUUCGGUCUGACAGGUGUAUUGUGACUUGAUGGAAAGCAGAGAGAUGAUCAGGAUGAGACAGAAAGAUAAUCCAAGAGAAAGUGUGGAUGUAAUGAACACAGCCUGAUAUUAACACUGAAAAUGAAGCAAAUCCCUCCCCGUGUGUUAAUGCAGCUCAUGUGUAAAGACUGCUGCUGAUAGAGGGAGGAUGAGAAGCAGAAAGAGGAUCCACAGCAGCUGUUUGUUAAACACACACUGCCGUCUCUCUCCGAGAACCCCAAAGCACAGAUGGCAUUUUAAUGACAAAAGUUGCUAAAACUUCAAAGUGCAUAAUUCAUCUCUUUGUUUGUGUUUUCCCUUUUUCCUUGGCUUAGCCCACACAUUGUACAGGGGCGUGCCGCUUCCGCAGCGCAGAUGCCAGAGGUCAGUUGGGGUCAUAGGUGUGGACCUAUGCUAAGUUCAAGUUACAACAAGUUCCCGUUUCAUCAUGAAUGUUACAUCGCCACAGCAACAGUGUUUAGACAAGCGUCACAAUAUAGCGUCAUCAUUGUCUUAAGGCUUUUCUGCCCAAAUUAUAAAACUUGUAAUUUGCUGUUGCCAGUAGGUGGCGCUAUAACUCUGACUGAAUAUAGGUAUGUAGAUGUCAUCAGGGCGAGACCCAUAUCAGAUGUAAAUUUUCGCCACUUGUGUGCAAAGAUUUGUGAGUUUUCGAACACCUCUAGUCGCUCAAAAGUGCCAAUCAUUUGGGAGGAAAAGAACAAUUCCUUUUAAUUAGGGUCCUUGCACAUUUUGUGCUCAGGCCCUGAGAACGUGUGGAUUAUUUGUUGGACAGUGGCGUAGUUCCUCUCUGACAAUGCACUGGUUUAAAGUUGAAUUUUGUUCAGUGUAACUGUAGUGUUGGUCAAUAACAGUGAUGUAGUGAGUUUGAGUGACAUGCCAUAGAAAAAUCCAGCUUUUACCCAUAUCUGGUUGUUUGGUUAUCAACAAAAUCCUGUUUGAUGGAAAUAAAUACCAAUUUCCUUUUGAAAA